CGGGGCCAGGUAUAACUGCCUGGCGGCCUUGUGCAGAGGAACGCGAUGCGGUGCUGCCGUUUCUGCAGAUUCGGUAACUUCCGGUCCCUUUGGUCUUGUUCCCCUACACCCAUUCUCUACCUGUCCUAUGGCCUCCGGUUGGCUUGGGGUGGCCAGGAGGGGCCUCCCGGUUCCUUUCCAGGCUCAGGUCUGCCCCUCCCCCAUGCUUCGUAGACGCAGCCCAGGGCCCUUGGCGGCUUAUGCGCGCCGGCCUUGCGCUGAUCCUGGUGGGCCACGUGAACCUGCUGCUGGGGGCCGUGCUGCACGGCACCGUUCUUCGGCACGUAGCUAAUCCUCGCGGUGCCGUCACUCCAGAGUACACCACAGCCAAUGUCAUCUCUGUGGGCUCGGGGCUGCUGGUGAGCGCAGCGCGCGGGCCAGGGUCAGGUCGCGGGCGGGCGGGCGGGCGGCAGAGAGCGGCUGGGGCAUCAGGCUUUGUCUUCCAGAGUGUUUCCGUGGGACUUGUGGCCCUGUUGGCAUCCAGGAAUCUUCUUCGUCCACGACUGCAUUGGGCCCUGCUAGUACUAGCUGUGGCGAACCUGCUCUUGUCCACUGCCUGCUCCCUGGGCCUCCUCCUUGCUGUAUCACUCACUGUGGCCAAUGGUGGCCGCCGUCUUAUUGCCGACUGCCAUCCAGGACUGCUGGACCCUUCCAUACCGCUGGAUCAGGGGCCUGGACACUCUGACUGCCCCUUUGACCCCACAAGAAUCUAUGUGAGUGUUCUCAGUCUUUUUGCAGACCACAAAGCCUUGAUCUGCCCUUUUAAUCACUCCAACUUGCCAUGUCUGCCCUGCUUCCUACUAGUACCCCCCGAUCUAUCCUCUUCACCUUUUAGGAUACAGCCUUGGCUCUUUGGAUCCCUUCUUUGCUCAUGUCUGCAGCAGAGGCUGUUCUAUCUGGUUACUGCUGUGUGGCAGCACUCACCCUCCGUGGGGUUGGGCCCUGCCGGAAGGAAGGGCUACAGAGGCAGGUAAGGAUGAUGAACAAGAAGGUUCAAUACAAAUUGGUUGUGUGGAAAAGAUAACUGAACUAUAAUUCACAACCAGAGUACUAACUCCACCCCUCUUCUGCAGCUAGAGGAACUGACAGAGCUUGAACAUCUUAAAUGUAAAAGGCAAGAUAAUGAACAGCUACUUGUUCAAAAUCAAGAAAUCCAGGCAUCACAGAAAAGUUGGGCUUAGGGCAGGUAAUGGGCCAUGAGGAUUGUGGCCAUGAAGGUGGGGGCAGGGAACUGGAUGAUAUAAAUGGCUGUAAUAAAAGAACUUCUCUUCUUGA